GAUCUCAAAAGGAAGGCAGAAGUGUUGCUAUCGUCGCGUUUUAGAGGCAAGAGCUUCAGAACAUAAUCAAAUAAUUUCCAGAAUUCUACCAGGUCACCCAGCCAUCACCCGCCACUAUACCUACUGAUUAUAUUUGUCUCUGGAAACUUUACAAUGGAUGAAAAACAGGGUUGCUCAAGAGCAGAAGAAGGACAUCAAGAUUUAGCAGAGACAUCCAAACCUCCUAUGGUCAUCCCUUCAGGCGAAGAGGAUGAUUAUGAAAACAUGAACUCAUUCCAAGCACCCCAGGAAGCAAAAGAGACCACCAACCAACCAGGUGAGAAAAGUCCCAAUUCUUCCAUGACAACUAAAGAACUUCAGGAAUACUGGCGGAAUGAGAAACGGAGCUGCCGAGAAGUCAAGGUGCUUUUUGAAAUCCCAUCAGCCAAAAUUGUAGAGAAGCCUUUCUCUAAAUAUGUGAAGUACCAAAUCAUCAUAAUCCAGACUGGCAGCUUUGACAGCAACAUAUCAAUGAUUGAACGCCGGUAUUCUGAUUUCGAAAAGCUGCACACGAGCCUGUUUAAAGAGUUUUAUGACGAAAUGGAAGACCUUGUCUUUCCCAAAAAGAUCCUGACUGGCAAUUUCAUGGAGGAAGUCAUCCUGGAGAGAAAACUCGCUUUCCAGGAUUAUUUGCGAAUUCUAUACUCCAUGGAAUUCAUCAGGACAUCCCGAAUGUUUAUUGACUUCUUAACGAGGCCUGAGCUGGAAGAGGCCUACAGCUGCCUUCGGGGAGGACAAUACACCAAAGCUUUGGAAGGUCUUCUGGAGGCCGUCGCUUUGCUAGAGAAGCUGACAAGGCACCGGCCCAUUCUGUUGGUUCCCACCCUCUGCGCCAUCCUUGUAUGUCACAAAGAUCUGGAGAACUUCAAAAGCGCCUUCGAAUUUGGAGAGAAGGCCCUACAGCGCUUAGAAAAACAAACUGGUCACCGGUACUACCUGCCACUGCUGGAAACGAUGAUCUCCUUAGCAUAUGAACUUGGGAAAGACUUCCUGUUCUUCCAAAAAAAGAUGGAAGAGAGGAAGGCCAAAAAGCUUCCGCAGAAAAUGUUGACACUGAAGGAACUGACAGUACAGGAAUACGUAUAAUGAGGAGAAGAGAGGGAGAGAAAUAUAAUGCAGAUUUUGAUGAGACAGGAAUGUUUUCCCAAUAGAGCAGUGGUUCUCAACCUGUAGGUCGGGACCCCAUUUGGGGUCGAACGACCAUUUUACGGGGGUCACCAAACAACGCAGUCCGACAUUUUUUCCCCCCUUUUCCUUAGCUGUGCUACU